AUGAAGGAUGUCGUGCUUUCUUCUAUAGCAACUUUUCACACCAAGAAGAUUAUUGUUGCUGAUCUUACAAAAUUUCCUCACAUUGGUUCUAUUCCUGAAACAAUGUAUCGAUGUGUCUCUACAAAAAGUAAAGUGAUGGCUGAGUACCAAUUGCUUCCUCCCAAGAAUCCACGACAGUUGACUCCUGAAAUACAAGCUGCUCUGGAUGAUGUUGAGAAGCCAAUAAAGCAAGGAGAGAAAGCAGAUUCCAAGAAGGUGGCAACAGACGGACCUUCUUCCAAGCCAGUUAAAUCCAAGAAGCAAAAAGCUGAAAAAGCUGCUUCCUCGGCUCCUGAGAAAGUUAAGAAGAUGGCCCAAAGACCAAAGACUCUUUCACCUUCUAGCUCUGGUAAUGAUGAGGAGCAGUAUGUUGAAGAUGAAGAGGAAGAUCAGCGUGAAGGUUAUCUUAGAGGUAAUACACCACCUCAGUCUCCAACUCCAGAAGGCACUCUUAAUGAUUCUAUUCCCACUCCUCCACCAUCACCACCGAAGACUACUAUUCAUGUUUCGAUUGCCCUAAUUCCUCCAUCUCCUACAACUCAAACUACUAACAUUGUUUCACCACCUCUACCUGUCAUCUCAAUACCCUUAUCUACAACCCCAUUACCACCUCCCAUUUUUUCCCAAGCAACUGUCACCUUUACACCGAUCAUCACAACCACAACCGAAUCUCUAGUACAAGUCAAUACAUCUGAUGUGGGGGCGAAGACUGAAGAUAAUCCUAAAGUUACAACUGAGCCUAUUUCCCCAACUCAUUCCAGUGAAUCUGGUCCUGUUGUUGGAGGAACUGAUUUUGAGUUCGAUUCAACCUACUACAAUCCAUACAGAAUUCCAAGUGAUGAAGAUGAAGCUGCUCCGGUGACCAAGCAACAAUUGAACAGUGUUUAUGAAAAGCUAGAUACGCUGAUUGACUCAACAAAGAAGUAUAAUGAUGUCGUUUUGAUAGUGUUCAUGGAUACAUCCCUAUAA